GCAACCAGCGAUGCAGACGAGGCACGACGCUCCACAGGAACGCCACGCCCACCGCACAGCGUACCUGUACAGCUGCAGCGCGAAGGGCAGGGUGGGACCAAGUCCCCCGCACAGUCUGCCGCUGCUGCCUCUCCUCAAAGCAGGCUGCAAUGGGUGCCGCCCCACGCACCCUCGCGGCGAGACGCGACUCACACUCCGUCCAUUCUCCCCCUCCGCAGCGGAGAACCAAAAGAAUCCUCCUCGUGCACUACCUGCGCCUCUCGCAGAAACAAAAAGAGGAGUGGGGGCAUGUCAGCAACACAGCCAGCAGCGGCAGCAAACACAACACGCAGCGACAGCGGCUGGCACGGCGCAAACCAAAAGUGAGCCGCAAGGAUUUGCCAAACUAA